CGAGAAUCAUGUCGGCCCAAAUAGCAUGCGAGCCCCUCCUAGGCCAGACUACUAUUGCAUAUGGUGACUCAGUCGCCGUUACGGUAGUCUUGGUAUGUGACGAGCCCGACAACGAGUGGGAGGUCGCCCUUUGGCACAACACGCCUGAAUCUUGGGAGUGGACUCAAACUGAUCUUGAAAAGAAAGGAGAUGGGGCUCAAGAUGUAAGGCUCCACUCCGCCUUUCAGAACAUUUAAUGAUAUACGCCAGCUACAACGAGGUUUAUGUCGACCUGGUACGGCGACAUUGUAUACAGGAUCUUUGCAGCGAUUUUCGGCGACAGAUAACACCAUCUAUUUCACUGUCAAGUACAGGGUUUCUGGCCAGGGAUGGCAAUGGGCCAACAAACAGACAGGUACCGGAGAUGCUGAAAUCGUCUUUUCGCGGGAUGGAGAGAUCCCAAACUCAAUGUCUCACUACUUCCACAACUCAGACCCCGAGUUAGCUGUGGUGGAUUGUGAGGCAGGUGUUGUUGAUCAAGAGAGACGGAUAGGGACGCGCCUUUGGGCUAUCUCAAUCCCCAUUCCAGCCGCAACAGGACAGUCCGCCUUUUCUCGUGUAAAUCUUGGCUUGCCGGUAGAUAUGUUGCGAUGGUUUUGCUUAGCACGAGAAUCGCGCCCAUGGCUUUGUCCGAGGCAAGGCCGGAACAAAUUUACAUUGGAGGAGGACGCAAUUCUGGUAUCUUUGUUACUUCGAAAUGGCUUACAUCUCGUCCUGUUGGCUUUCAGCUUGAAUGAUGUUAUGACCGUAAUCAAAGCGGAUUGCGACGGCAACUUAAUCGCGGUUGCCAGGAACGAGCGAUCAACUGCUGGCAUAGGAUCUAUCUUGGUCGCUGUUGGAAAAACAUUCGAAGAUGCAAAUCAAGCAGUAAUGAGCCAUGCAAAAGCAAUAGCCGCGCGGGAAAUGGAAGGCAUCAGGAACGAAAUCGAAUCGAUGGUAACUCAUAUUCCACCGGAUUCCCUGGAAGAUUGGUAUGAUAGCUUUGCAUACUGUACAUGGAAUGGUCUUGGCCAGAAACUUACCGACGAGAGACUUUAUCAUGCGCUAGAGAGCAUAUCCAAAGCUGGGAUCAAUUUCUCAACGAUGAUAAUCGAUGAUAACUGGCAAUCUAUCGACGAAAAUGGAGCCAACAACUUUCAUCAUCGUUGGAUUGAGUUUGAGGCAGACAGAAAAACAUUUCCUCGUGGUCUCAAACAUACCAUUUCAACGAUUAGAGAGCGAUAUCCGUUUAUUAAACAUAUUGCCGUGUGGCAUGGGAUUCUAGGAUAUUGGAAUGGCAUUUCUCCUGAGGGAGCUUUAGCAAAAUGCUACAAAAAGAAGACACUGAAGAAGCAAAAUAAUGGUUUCCUUGGCGGAGGAUCUUUGGUGGCUGUGGAUGCCGAUGAUGUGCAACAAUUGUACAACGAUUUCUACCAAUAUCUCGCGGACUCUGGCGUCGACUCUGUGAAAACGGAUACCCAGUUUCUGCUGGACCUAAUUGAUAGCGCUCCGGAUCGUGCCCGAUUUAUAUCGGCAUACCAGGAUGCCUGGAUGAAGGCCACCCUUCGCCACUUCUCUGCAAAAGCUAUCUCUUGCAUGUCUCAAACACCGCAAAUUAUUUUCCACUCCCAACUUCUCACCUCUCUACCUAAAUUAAUGGUUCGCAAUUCAGAAGAUUUCUUUCCUGACGAACCUGCCAGUCAUCCAUGGCACAUCUUCUGCAACGCGCACACGAAUGUCUUGACACAGCAUUUGAACGUUUUGCCCGAUUGGGAUAUGUUCCAAACAAGCCACAGAUACUCAGCUUUCCACGCCGCAGCCCGAUGUAUCAGUGGUGGUCCAAUCUAUUUCACUGACAAACCUGGAGAGCAUGACACCAAUCUAAUCAAACAGAUGACCGCAAGAAACAAGGAUGGGACGAUCAUCCUAAGACCAAAGGUUGCAAAGACGACCUAUUUGUACGCCAGCAACAAGGAGAUGAGACUUCUCAGAAUAGAUACCUCGACUAUGGAUACAGACAUACCUUUGUUAGGUGUCUUCAAUAUCAACCACCAGCCGCUCAUAGAGAUUAUAAAACUCGAACAUUUCCCAAACCUUCCAGUCGCCAAGGCGUAUAUUGUCCGCGCUCAUACUUCGGGCGAAGUCAGUGAGCCGAUGAGCUUUCAAGACUCCACCACUAUUCCACUACUACUGAGUUUGGAACCCGCAGGAUAUGAAAUUUUGACGGCCUAUCCGCUUCACACGACAAUAAAUUCGGUAGGAAAGGCCACGAUCAGUAUUGCCGUGCUGGGUCUACUAGAUAAGAUGACAGGUGCAGCGGCGGUAUUACGUUCAACUGUUUACGAGGAAGGAGACGGUGUGCUUGUGCAGAUUGCGCUGAAAGCAAUGGGUCUACUUGGCAUUUACAUAUCUCCGGACGUUGGAGAUCUAAACCUUUCAAGUGUCAAAAUGUGCAAGGAGUUAGUCCCCUCGAAUGCCAUGCGGUUUGUUCCAGAGGAGAAAACGUUUAAAGUCGAUAUGGCAAUGGCUUGGGAAGCAAUACCCAAGCUGCAGAAAGGCAAAGAAAUUUCUUUCGAGAUGUUAAUACAUUAACGGAAUAUACAAAAUGUCACGGACGAUUGAACUCAAGACAAUAUAAGAAACCCAAAUAGUGUGGGAGAGAAACUGCGACAAG